AGGAGGCCUCCAAGUGGCAAGAGGACAUGUCCUCUGUCGUGGCCCAGAGGGAAGUCAAGGGCAGAAUCAUCCAUCUUUCCCUCUCUUAGAGAAACAAGAUCCCGCAGCCCUGAUUGGCCAUGGAAAGAUGUGGGGCGAAACCCAGAACCUCUGCUAUCCCUGCUUAGGGCACUUAACGAAGAAUUGAGCAAGAGGGACUUUACCAAUGCACGUUGGCUUGAAGACCUCUCUUCCCACUAACACCAAAGCCAGGAGAGGUACCAACUACUGAAUUUCAGCUGGAGAAGCGGCCACAGCACAAUGAAGCUUUUCAUAGGCCUUGUUUUCUGUUCCUUGAUCCUGGGAGUCAGCGGUGAAGGCUGGUAUUCGUUCUUCAAGGCGGCUGUGCAAGGGACUUCGGACAUGUGGAGAGCCUUCUGGGACAUGAAAGAAGCCAAUUACCAAAAUUCAGGCAGAUACUUCCGUGCUCGAGGGAACUAUGAGGCUGCCCAGAGGGGCCCUGGGGGUAUCUGGGCUGCAAAAAUCCUCAGCAACAUCGGGGAGUACCUUCAAGGAUUCUUACACAAGUUUUCCCUUGGAAGUGGCAGCUACGGGUUGGAGGACCAGGUGUCUAACCGGAAAGCUGAGGAAUGGGGCCGGAGUGGCCAAGACCCAGGUCGCUUCAGACCUGCAGGCCUGCCUAAGAAAUACUGAGUCCUGCUUCCUGUGCUCUCAUGGGGGCACAUCGCUCCCCUAAAACAGGGAAAUAGCAUCACUGAGCUUUGUCACCCCAGGAACUGAGACAGGCACACAGAGCUGCCCAAUAAAUGUUUGUGAAGCUGAA